AUGAAAUGGGGUUUAUUUGGGGCGGUUAAGCCUUUCAGGUCAUUGACUCCAUUUUCACAAACAAGGACAUUAAUGACCUUAAGAUCUCCAUUUAUACCUUCCAAACGAAUCCCAGGGGUAAGGCUACAGUUGACUCCGGCUUAUAAGUAUCCUACGAUCCAUGGAAGAAGAUUUUUUCAGUCUUCCCAUAAAUUGGGUGUUAAUUCUAAGGAAGACUCGUCUACCUACCUAUUCGGAAGAAAGAUAUCUACUUCAGAACUGAAGAUGAUCAAAUCGUUGUUAGUGACUAUAUGGCCCAAAAAUAAACCAAGUUUUAAACUUAGGGUCAUACUUGCAUUGUCAUUAUUGAUUGCCUCGAAAUUGUUGAACGUGGAGGUUCCCUUUUUCUUUAAGAAAAUAAUAGAUGAGAUGAAUAUAGACUGGACAGAACAAUUAGGAACUGUGGGAACUGUAAUUGGUACUUUGAUUAUUGCCUAUGGAGGAGCAAGGUUUGGAGCAGUCUUAUUUGGGGAGUUAAGAAAUGCGGUAUUCGCAUCAGUAGCUCAGACAGCCAUUAAGAGAGUUGCUCAUAAUACAUUUGUGCAUUUGUUGAAUAUGGAUUUGAACUUCCACUUAUCUAGGCAAACUGGUGGGUUGACUAGAGCUAUUGACAGAGGUACAAAAGGUAUCUCAUAUGUCUUGAACGCCAUGGUGUUCCAUAUCAUCCCAAUUUCUUUCGAAAUAUCUAUGGUAUGUGGAAUUUUAAUUUAUAACUAUGGGAUUUCUUUUGCGGCUGUUACAUUGGCAACUAUGUUGAGUUAUUCCGUAUUUACUAUAAAGACUACAGCAUGGAGAACAGGUUUCAGGAGACAAGCUAAUAAUGCAGACAAUCAGGCAGCAACUGUUGCUUUAGACUCAUUAAUUAAUUAUGAAUCAGUUAAGUAUUUCAAUAACGAAGGAUUUCAAGCAUCAAAAUACGAUAAGGCUUUAACAAACUACCAAAAUGCUUCAGUUAAAGUGGCUACGUCUUUGGCGUAUUUGAAUGCUGGACAAAACUUUAUUUUCACAUCAGCUUUAACGGCAAUGAUGUAUAUGGGAUGCAAUGGGGUUGCCACUGGAUCACUAUCCGUUGGUGAUUUGGUCUUAAUUAACCAGUUAGUGUUUCAAUUGUCUGUUCCUUUAAGUUUUUUGGGCUCUGUGUACAGAGAAUUGAAGCAAUCUUUGCUUGACAUGGAAAACUUAUUCCAAUUGCAAAAUCACGAAGUAUCAAUUAAAGACGCUCCAAACGCAAAACCAUUAGUGUUGAACAGUAGAGGAAUCCCCGGAGAAAUUAAAUUUGAAAACGUUACCUUUGGAUAUCAUCCAGACAGACCAAUAUUACAGAAUGCAUCAUUCACCAUUCCAGCCGGUGAAAAAAUUGCCAUUGUUGGUCCUUCUGGAAGUGGUAAGUCAACUAUAUUAAGAUUAAUAUUUAGAUUUUAUGAUGUAGAAAGUGGUAGAAUUUUAAUUGAUGGCCAGGAUAUUUCAAAGGUUACUGUUGAGUCGUUGAGAAAGGCAAUAGGAAUUGUUCCACAAGAUACUCCUUUGUUUAACGAUACUAUUCUCGAAAAUAUCAGGUAUGGGCGAUUAGAUGCUACAGAUGAAGAAAUCCUCGAAAUGAUUGAAAAAGUCCAAUUGACCAAGCUAAUGGAGGAUUCUCCAAAUGGAGUUAACACCAUAGUUGGUGAAAGGGGUAUGAUGAUUUCUGGGGGUGAAAAGCAAAGAUUGGCUAUAGCUAGGCUACUUUUGAAAAGAGCUCCCAUUACCUUAUUUGAUGAAGCUACUUCUGCUUUAGAUACUCAUACAGAACAAUCGUUAUUAAGAACAAUUAGAACUGUUUUGACCAGAAAGGAAAAUACACAUAUAGCCAUUGCUCAUAGGUUAAGAACAAUCGCUGAUGCUGAUAAAAUUAUUGUUUUGAACAAGGGCCAAGUCCAAGAGGAAGGUACUCACUAUGACUUGUUGCGGAACCCAAAUUCAUUGUAUUUCCAAUUAUGGAAUAUCCAAGAAAACUUGGAUAUAGAUGAAGAAUUAAAUGAAUACGCAAAAGAAGCUGAAAAAUUGGAAGCAAAUACAGAUGACAGUAAAAAAUAA